AUGGAGGCGCUGGCCGCAAUCGGUCUAGUCAGCAAUGUUCUCAAUUUCAUCGAAGUCACUGCCAAGCUAUCAUCCCUCAUCAAGGAAUACUCCUCCGUAGGCGAAGCUCCAGCAGAGAUCCUCGCAGUCACGAAACGCCUAAACUUGACUGUCAAAGUCGUCAAAGAACUAGAUGAGUCCGGCCGAGCACGACUCGAUCAUGAAGAGCAUGCGUUGCAGAUGUACUGUCGCGAGGCUGAGAGUCUACGUGUAUUUCUGGAAAGUCUGAAACUUUGUCCGGAGCAGCCACGAGGAAGAAGUGAGAAUGGGAGUAGAUUGUCGUGGUUGAAGAAUAGGAGGGUGGAGAAAGGGUGGAAGGUAUUUAAGGCUUUGAGAGGGAAGGAGAAGAUUGAUAGGUUUGAGAGUUCGUUGGAUAGAGUUUUGGAUCUGAUCAAGUUGCAACAGCAGACGAGAAUUGAGGCCACUGCAUUGCGUGUGGAUGACAAAACUUCAAUCUUGGUGCAGAACUCUGAGUCGAUUAUCAGAGGAUUGGGCGACUUACAGCUCAUUCCAAAUCAGGAACCCGCAGAUACAGCUACUAUGCAGACGAAGGUCAUCUUCAUGGUCCCUUUGGCAAGGAAUUCUGGAUUUCUCGGACGAGAUGACAUUAUCCGCCAGCUUGAUGAGAAGUUCGUCACCACAGAAGGGCACUCUCAACCACGAGAGGUCCAGACGACAGCAUUGUGCGGAUUAGGAGGUAUUGGGAAGUCACAAAUCGCACUGGAGUACGCCUAUCUACGUAAAGAACGAUCUCCUGAUGCGAUAUUCUGGAUUCUUGCUUCAACGACUACAAGAUUCGAAGAGUCGUACAAACAAAUAGCUGCGGAAUUUCAACUUCCUGGCCGAAACGAUCCGCAUGUUGAUGUCUUGCAGCUUGUAAGGAACUGGUUGGAACGUGAGUAUAAGCAGCCUUGGAUGAUGGUGGUUGAUAAUGUGGAUGAUAAUGAGGUUUUCGAGAAAAUGACAAGUGGGAAGUCACCUUUUGAGUAUCUGCCAAAAAUUGCCAAUGCAAUCAUCCUUUUCACGUCGAGAAACAGAGAUAUCUGCCUAAAUCUUGUCAACGAUCCGAUAAUUGUCGAGCCAUUGAGCCGUGACUUUGCACGAAAGCUUCUUGGAGACCGCACGAAAGGAGAUAGCACAGAUGAGGAGAAAGAUAUACUCCUUGCCGAAUUGGAUCAUUUACCGCUGGCUAUCACCCAAGCAGCUUCGUACAUGGCCAAACGAAACAAAAGCGUCCCUCAAUAUCUGCUCCUCUUUCAAGACAGUGAAAGAUCUCGGGUGAAACUCCUAGAGCACAAGUUCGUCGACACUGGAAGAGAAGCGAGAUCUUUAGAGUCCAUCGCGACAACGUGGUUGAUGUCAUUCGAGCAAAUCAAGUCAGAAAAUCCCCGUGCAGCCAAUCUUUUGUUCACCAUGAGCUUGAUGAGUCGUCAGAGCAUUCCGACGUCCCUGAUCAAGGACGAAAACGAGAAUCUAGUUGAUUUUGAGGAAGCGGUGGGGACAUUGGUUGCUUACUCCUUUGUUUCCGCGGACGACUCGGGAAGUAACUACACUAUGCACAGACUUGUACAGACCGUUACUCGCGCAUGGUUGAAUGAUCAUGGAGAUAGAAUCUCUAUCGAAAGUCAAUUAUUAAGUUCUCUGUCAAGAAGAUUCCCGGAAGGCGAUUUCGAGACGUGGAAGACAUGUGCUCGGUAUCGACCUCACGUUGAAUCCAUUCUUUCUUAUAUUCCGGAGAGCUCUGUCGAAGCCGAGAGACUUUCUCGAGCAGAUCUUCUUUCAAAAUUGGCUUGGUAUUUCAGAGAGCAGGGGAAGUAUGAUCAUGCACGGAUAAACAUAGAACAAGCAUUGAAUAUGAUGCACUCAUUUGAGGGUUGUGGAUCAGAGAAGAUGUUCAGGGCGAAGAGAAAACUUGCUAGGAUCAUUGGAGACCAAGGAUAUCCCGAGGAAGCUAUAAAGUUACUUGUAGCACUUCUUGGAGCCGAGGACGCCCUAAAUGUGCCAAAUCGUUUGGAAACUUUGGAGACAGUGGAUAUGUUGGCAAUGGCUCUGGCAAAUACUUUGUUUCCGACGAGAUGGCCGGAAUCCGAGAAGUUGGCGAGACGAAGUUUAGAGCACAGGCGGUCGGCUCUGAAUGACGGACAUCCCAGGUUAUUGAAGAGUCUUCACACUCUUGGCUGGGUCUUGUACCGACAAGAAAGAUUCGACGAGUCUGUAUGUCUACUUGAGGAAUGUUUACAAAAGCUGCGGGCGAGCCUUGGAGAGAAGAACCCAGAGACCAUUUCAACUGCUAACGAUCUUGCACUGGGGCUCAUUAACCUCAAUCCCCCAAAAUUCGAAACUGCAGAACAACUGUUGAGAGAAUCGGUCAAACAGAUUGUUCUUUCGUGUGGAACCGAUCAUCCAAAUACCAUAGUCGUACAGAGCAAUCUGUGCAAAGUACUCAGACGUAGCGGAAAGCAUACAGAAGCAGAAGCUCUUCAAUUAGAGCAGCUAGCGUUGAGCGAGAAAAUCCUCGGUCCAAAUCACCCAACUACAAUCUGGUGUCUUGGUUUGGUAGCCGUGUCUUUGUUUUACCAGGAGGAGUACGACUCAACCGAGUCUUUCAUCUUGACGGCGCUCGAGAAGAGACCGGAUUUGAUCCGACGAGAUAUUAUAAACGCCUUGAGUCUUAUCAACAUCCUUGCUUUGGUUCAGGAAAAACAUCAAGACUUCAUAGAAGCGGCUAAGAAUUUCCAAACUGUUCUUCAGGGGCGAAAGGAGGAACUCGGGGUCGAUCAUCCAGCAACGUUACAAGCAGAACACUGUUUUGCAAGGACCAUUCUAGCACAGGGGAAAUUUUCCGAAGCUGCUGUAAUGCUGCAAGUUUUGAUGCCGAGAGAAGCUCAAGUUUUGGGGGAGGAACAUGACCAGACUCUCUUGACAGUCCGUCUCUACGGCCUGGCCCUGUUCAGCCAGAGGAAGUUCACGGAAGCCGAACCGCUCUUCAGACAAGUACUGAGCACCAGAGAGAAGACGCUUGGAAAGGAACACGAACGUACUCUUAUUACUAGGGACAAUCUCGAAGCAGCUUUGGGCGAGCAGAGGAAGUGGACUGAGUGGGAAGAAACCUCUCGAGAGUCGCUAGCGAUUCGCGAACGUGUAGCACCGGGCGAAUACGGCACUCUGCGAGUCAAGUCCAACCUUUGGUUUACCUUGGAACAACAAGCCAAAUUUGAUGAGAGCGAGACGGUGUUCAAUGGUCUACUGGCGGACAUCAAAGCCCUACCGGCAGACUUCAUGGAAAGUGAAAGCUUCAAGAAGAACACCACCUGUGAGGAAGAAUGGUAUUUCUGGCGUCUCCGAGACGGUUCUUUUGAUAUUGAGACUCUGAAGGCAAGGAAGCGAAUGGCGGAUUGGAUAAGAAUGGAUCCAAGCGCAGCGCAACAAUCCAGAGGGACAGGAAUGACAGGAGGUGGAAUCGCGAGCUCGAUCAGCAAUUUUCUCAAGAAAGAACCGCAAGAAAGCCCAGGUGACAUAUAUCGUGAGGUGAUGAGGAAUAUGGAACGAACCUGUGGGAGAGAAUCCGAGGAAUUCAAAGCUUUGAAGUUGGAUUACGAAAGGCUCUUUGGCCAGCAGCACUUAUAA